GAACAUGAGCUACACACAUCAGACGUCCAGCGGCAGUUGGUGAUGAAACAAGAGGUUCCCCCUGAACAGCAGGACUGGAGCUCCAGUCUGGACCAGGAAGACUCAGAGCCUCCAGAACCUCCACAUAUUAAAGAGGACCAGGAGGACCCAGAGCCUCCACACAUUAAAGAGGACCAGGAGAACCCAGAGCCUCCACACAUUAAAGAGGAGCAGGAGGAGCAGGAAGACCCAGAGCCUCCACACAUUAAAGAGGACCAGGAGGACCCAGAGCCUCCACACAUUAAAGAGGAGCAGGAGGACCAGGAGCCUCCACACAUUAAAGAGGAGCAGGAUGAACUCAGGAUCAGUCAGGAGGGAGAGCAGCUUCAAAAGCUGGAGGAGGCUGGAAUCAAGUUCUCAUUCACCCCUGUAAAGAGUCAAUAUGAUGAUGAGGAAGCUCAGCUCUCAAAGUCCAUAAAAACUGACAAAAGAGAGGCAGAACAUUUGAAAACAGAAGCAGACGGAGAGGAAGUCAGAUCCAAAUCAGAUGCAGAUAGUCCUUUACAACAAACUGCUGAUGAGACGUCACAAUCCUCUGAAUGUGAGACUGAUAACAGUGACAAUUGGAAGGAGACUCGGGAACCUCAGUCACGUUUAAACCCUUUGGAAAACAAUGAAGUCCCUGUAGGUGACAUGGACUGUGGUACUGGAAACGCAUCAAUUAGCUCUUCUCAAUAUGCUGGAAGCUUUGGCCAAAAGAGACAUCCGAAGAGACACUCUGGAGCCACAACAGGAGUGACCAGUUCUUCAGUUUGUGGUAAAACAUUCAGACAACUGCAACCUCUGAAACAACACUCAACUGUUCAUACGAGAGAGAAACUAUUCAGUUGUUCAGUUUGUGGUAAAACAUUCAGCCGAGCACGCAAUCUGAAACUACACUCAACUGUUCAUACUGGAGAGAAACUAUUCAGUUGUUCAUUUUGUGUUCAAACAUUCAGCCGGGCACGCUAUCUGAAACAACACUCAACUGUCCACACAGGGGAGAAACUAUUCAGUUGUUCAGUUUGUGGUAAAACAUUCAGACAAGCACUUAAUCUAAGACGACACUCAACUGUUCAUACAGGAAAGAAACUAUUCAGUUGUUCAGUUUGUGGUAAAACAUUCAGACAACUGCAACCUAUGAAACGACACUCAACUGUUCAUACAAGAAAGAAACUAUUCAGUUGUUCAGUUUGUGGUAAAACAUUCAGACAACUGCAACCUCUGAAACUACAUUCAACUGUUCAUACAGAAGAGAAACUAUUCAGUUGUUCAGUUUGUGGUAAAACAUUCAGCCGGGCAGUCUAUCUGAAACUACACUCAACUGUUCAUACAGGAGAGAAACUAUACAGUUGUUCAGUUUGUGGUAAAACAUUCAGCCGGGCAGGCUAUCUGAAACUACACUCAACUGUUCAUACAGGAGAUAAACUAUUCAGUUGUUCAGUUUGUGAUCAAACAUUCAGCCGGGCAGGCUAUCUGAAACUACACUCAACUGUUCAUACAGGAGAGAAACUAUUCAGUUGUUCAGUUUGUGGUAAAACAUUCAGCCAAGCAGGCAGUCUAAAACGACACUCAACUGUUCAUACAGGAGGAGAGAAACUAUUCAGUUGUUCAGUUUGUGGUAAAACAUUUAGACAAGAAGGCAAUCUAAAACGACACUCAGCUGUUCAUACUGGAGAGGAACUGUUCAGUUGUUCAGUUUGUGGUAAAACAUUCAGACAAGCAUGCAAUCUAAAACGACACUCAGCUGUUCAUACUGGAGAGGAACUGUUCAGUUGUUCAGUUUGUGGUAAAACAUUUAGACAAGCAGGCAAUCUAAAACGACACUCAGCUGUUCAUACUGGAGAGGAACUGUUCAGUUGUUCAGUUUGUGGUAAAACAUUCAGACAAGCAGGCGAAGUAAAACGACACUCAACUGUUCAUACAGGUGAGAAACUAUUCAGUUGUUCAGUUUGUGGUAAAACAUUCAGAAAAGCAUGCAAUCUGAAACAACACUCAACUGUUCAUACAGGAGAGAAACUAUUCAGUUGUUCAGUUUGUGGUAAAACAUUCAGACAAGCAGGCCAUCUGAAACAACACUCAAUUGUUCAUACAAGAGACAGGGCUCCAGACUAACUUUUUUAACUCGGAGCACAGUGGCCCCUAACUUAAAAUGUUAGGGGCGCAAGCAGAAAAUGUAGGGGCGCACACAGGGUUUUUCCUGGGUCAAAAUGGGUCUUGUGUGCUCCCCAAAA